AUGGGCUUUACGAUUCGACAUCACGGUGUGUGCGUACUUCUGGCACUGGUCGGUGUUGCCGGUACCGGGUGUCUCGCGCUACCCUCGUUCGACAUCGCGAAACUCCACAGCGCCCAGCAGCUGGCCGAGGCUUGGACGCACAACUUCCGGCAGUACAAUUGCUCCCUGCGGGAUGAGUACGAGGCGCGACCGAUAGGCGAGGAUGUGGCGCUGUGGUGCUUCAACAGGAAAUCGGGCAAGUUCCGGCGCACUCCGAACGAUCUGGACGACUUCAGUGAGGUGUUGCAGCGUAACCGUUCUACGGUGGUGUUCGUGCACGGGUGGCUUCAAGGCCGGAUGCAGUUUGCUGGUGUUGUUCGGUUGCUGGCACUCGCCCUGCCUGACCGUAAUUAUUGUCUGCUGGAUUUCGAGACGCUGGCACACGCCGAACUGGACCUGUUCCGGGAGCAAUUGUCCCCGAGAAUUGCCACCUUUCUGGCGGGGCUCGUGCAGAGCCUUAACGCCAUCGAUAUCGCUCCGGCGCAGGUGACACUCGUUGGUGAAGGUGUUACGGCUCAUCUCGUGGGCCACACGGGCAGUAUCUUGAGUGGACGGCUUGGGUCCAUCAUUGCGUUGGACCCGUUGGGACCGUUUUACACCACCGGACCGGUUUUGCCGGCUAAACGGCUCGUCCUGGACGCUUCCGAUGCGCGGUUCGUGCAGGUUUGGUACAGCUCAAUCGGUCAGUUAGGUUCACCGGUGCCACUGGGACAUCAGAACAUCUACGUUAAUGGUGGACUGCAUCCGCAACCGUACUGUGCGUGCUUCGUGAAGGCGUUUGGGUCGACCAGCAUGUUGACACAGCUUUGUAGCCACUACUUUGUGGUGGAGGUGUUUAAAGCCACACUCGAUCCAACCACCGCCCUGUACGCGACGAGAUGCCGCAGCUACAAGCACUUUCUCGCGGGUCACUGCGAAAAGCAACCGGCGGCGCGGAUAUCCUGCGACGGUACCGAUGCCGGCCAUUUCUAUCUCGAGACGCCCUGCCAGCCACCGUUCCUGUAG